AGAUGACCCCCUAGGACGUACUGUAAAGUCAGAAUGGGAACUAGCAUUUCGGUGUCUUGGUGCAAUUAUUUACUACCUACGUUACUGUUUGAUCGAUCGAGAAGUACUAUCACUGGGUUUUAUUGAUGUAUAUGUACCAGUAGAUGUAAAGAAUGCCAACUCUCAAAGAAAUCCAGAGUCUGUUGAAUUAUUUUAUAACACACAAUCCCAGAUGGUUCUGGACAAUAUUACAUUAUCUAAUUUGGAUAUCAUACGCAACAACAUGGACGGUUCUCAAGAGGGUUCCUUGUUGCAACGUCUCAAUACUUGUUGCACCUUCUUUGGACGUCGUUUGUUGCGUCAGUGGAUAACCGCCCCACCAUGCAACCCAAAUGUUAUAAAACAAAGACAAUUGGCGAUUGAAAAUCUUAUUUCCAUCAGUGAUGUAAUUCCUAAACUUCGAGAUAAAUUGGGCCAAUUACCUGAUUUGGAGCGUCUUAUUACAAAAAUUCAUUUAUUAGGUUCUAAAGGUGAUAAAAACCAUCCAGAUAGCAGAGCAAUCAUAUUUGAAGAAGUUCAAUAUUCAAGAAAAAAUAUUACUGAUUUUGUGGCCACUUUAAAUGGUUUCGAAUUAGGCUACAACAUAAUCCAUGAAAUCAACCAUUCUUUAUUAAGUUCCGCAUAUUUAAAAAACUUGGUAACCUUAACUAAUUCGGGUGGCAACUUUCCUGAUAUCAGUGAAAAAAUUAAUUAUUUCAAGAAUGCUUUCGAUGCUGAAAAAGCUAAGAAUGAAGGUCGAAUCACUCCAGAACCUGGCAUUGAUCCUGAAUAUGAUGAAUCAGUGUCAGAAAUCAAGAGGAUUGUUGAGGAUAUGGACAGAUUUUUAUUGAAAUGGAGUAAAACGUUCGGUACAAGACUUGUAUAUUGGGGAACCGGUCGCAAUCGUUAUCAGAUUGAAAUUCCGGAAUCUCUAGCAUCCCGCGUUCCAAACUCAUGGCAGUUGUCUUCACAGCGCAAAGGUGUGAAACGUUACACUUGCUCAGAGACGCAAGAAUGGCUAAGCGAGUUAACUGCUGCUGAAGAACGUAAAGAUGCUAGUCUACGAUCUAUAAUGCAACAUAUAUUUUCAUCGUUUAGCGAAUCAUUUACCCAGUGGCAUAUGGCUAUGUCCUGUCUAGCUGAACUAGACUGUCUAAUUGCUUUGUCCUUGUACAGUACAAAUGCUUCUGAUGUGAUGUGUCUCCCAGAAUUCAUUGAUCUAAAUUCAUCUACAAAACCAAUACUGGAAAUAGUUGAUGGAAUUCAUCCUUGUCUGAUCAAUACAUUUUCGGGUGGAGAUAUCAUUGCAAAUGAUAUAAAACUUGGUACAUCAUUGAUAAAUUCACAAUCGCAACAUCAUGUUUUAUCUGAUAUGUUCAGCAAUGCUUCUGUUAUUCUUGUCACUGGUCCUAAUAUGGGUGGGAAAUCAACUUUGAUGAGACAAGCUGCUUUAUUAGUUAUUUUAGCUCAUUUAUCUCAUGAUAAACAGAAAUUAUCGAAAAAAUAUGUUAAGAAUUCUGAAUGA